AGGUGCAAUAAGAUGUGUAUCGCAUAAAAAAAGUUUAAAUGCCGUGAAUAUUGGUGUUGGUAGUGACGUAAGCUUGAAAAGCAUUGGAUUUGAGAGGGAAUAUAUAAAAAUCAAAUGGUUGAUAACAUUGAAGUGAGCAUGAGCACAAUAAGGUGGGGAGAGAAAGUGUCGCGGUCGGCAAGUAAAAGAGAAUCAAGGGAAGGGGUCAUACAGAGAAAUCGUAAAGCGUGCAAUGUGCAUUCGUCGACUCGAAGUAUCGCUCACGAAAGCUGGAACUCGUGUUCAGAGUCCAGGACAGUUGAAGCGAUUGGUUCGAUUAACUCCGACGUGGCCUUUAGGCCGCUAAAGCCCGCGAAUCGUGUCAAGAAAAAAGCAAGAGCGCUCGAAGCAAGCGGCGGUGUCAGUGUCGAGUGCCAAUUGUGUUUAUGCGGAUGCCAGGAUGGACACGGCUAAAGAAACGAGGACAUCCACGAGUAGCUGGAGGAUUUCAAUGGAAAAGAUGAAUGAGGAUCUAGAGCAGGAACGUCAGCGCUGCAGCUUCGAGCCCUUGGAAUUGACACAUUUGCUGGAUGGGACCCCGGAAAAAACAAUGCAGCGACGAGAACGAGAAGAGUAUUUUUUACGCGAUCCUGAAUUAUUAGACAAGACCCCAGCUAAGUAUAAAAGUCACAAGGAAGUCUAUGAAGACGCUGUUCGCAAAGGAUGUUUAAUAUUGAAGAAAGUUCAAGAACUUCAUAACAUGGGCAAAGGAGAUAUGGACGUUUUUUCACAAGUAUUGGGAGGCACUCUGGGAUCUGCCAUAUUAAAAGAUGGUAAUCCCUUAACAUUACACUGGGUGAUGUUCAUUCCAGCUAUAAUGGGCCAAGGAACUGUUGAACAACAAGGACAUUGGAUAUCUCGAGCUUGGUCGUGCAAUAUCAUUGGCACUUAUGCUCAAACAGAGCUUGGCCAUGGAACAUUUAUUAGAGGAUUAGAAACAACAGCAACCUAUGAUCCUGCAACGGAAGAAUUCAUUUUAAAUAGUCCGACGUUAAGCUCCUACAAAUGGUGGCCCGGAGGACUUGGCCAUACGGCAAAUUAUGCUGUAGUUGUAGCACAAUUGUAUACUAAUGGUCAUUGCAAAGGAAUUCAUCCAUUUAUAGUUCAACUUAGAGACGAAGAAACCCACGAGCCUUUAUCGGGUAUUAAAAUUGGCGAAAUUGGUACUAAAUUGGGAAUGAAUGCAACUAAUAAUGGUUUUCUUGGCUUUGAUAAUGUCCGAAUUCCAAGAGAAAAUAUGCUAAUGAAAAAUUCAAAGGUUUUACAAGAUGGCACAUAUGUGAAAGCUUCCAACGACAAACUUACGUAUGGUACAAUGAUGUUUGUCAGAGUAGUUUUAGUAAGAGACAUAGCGAAAUAUCUUUCUAAAGCGGCUACGAUAGCAAUUAGAUAUAGUAUCGUAAGAAAACAAGGCCAAAUAAAGUCUGAUGGACCAGAAACUCAAAUUAUUAAUUAUGUCACUCAACAGUAUAAGUUGUUCCCUCACUUGGCUACGUGCUUUGCCCUUUCAUGGGCAGCUGAUUGGAUUUGGGAAAUGUACAAUAACGUGACGGCAGAAUUGGACGAAGGAGAAUUGGAUAGACUACCCGAGCUCCACGCGUUGGCCUGUUGUUUGAAAGCGGUCGCUUCGUCGGAUGGAGCAAUGGGCGUUGAGCAAUUGCGACUCUCCUGCGGUGGUCACGGCUACACGGAUGCUAGCAAUAUGCCAGCGACGUAUGGCCUCGUGACUGCAAUUUGCACUUACGAAGGCGAGAAUACGGUGUUGCUUUUACAAACGGCACGCUAUCUCGUCAAGGCCUGGAAGCAGGCGGUUAGCGGCGAGGCACUGCCACCUACGGUUAAAUACCUCGAGCUGCUCUCCCGUAAGAUAAAGCAGCGUCCCUGGAAAAACACUCUUACCUGCAUUGUUCGGGCUCAUCAGGCUGUUGCUGCUGGAAAAAUCAAGCAAGCGACCGACAAUAUGGAUCGUCGCAUACAUUGUGGAUUAUCGCCGGAGGAUGCGUGGAACGAAACAAGUAUUGAGUUGGCACAGGCUGCCGAAUCACAUUGCCGUGCUUUUAUCGUCUUGAGGUAUGUCGAGACAGUCAAGGGUCUAAGUUCAAGCAUUUCGAAAUCUCUAAAUGACGUCUUGAUGCAAAUGUGCGAAUUGUACGUCAUUUAUUGGAUCUUGCAUCGUCUCGGUGAUUUUUUACGAUUUUCGUGCCUAAAUAAUGAUGACGUGCCUUCUUUGCAAACACGACUGGAGAAAAUGUUGAUGGCUAUUAGGAGAAAUGCAAUCGGCAUUGUCGACGGCUUGGACAUUCGGGAUGAAAUAUUAGGCUCGGCUCUUGGCGCCUACGAUGGCAACGUUUACCAACGACUCUACGACGAAGCGAUGAAGAGUCCCCUCAAUCAGCAAAGCGUUAAUGAAUCUUAUCAUAAGUACCUAAAACCUUUUAUGAAAAGUAAUUUGUGAUACAGGCAAUUCUAAGUGUAUGAACGUAAUCAGAAGGUAUGAAAUCAUUUCGAUAAAUUGAAUAAGAUGGUAAAAUCGU